UGAAACUAGACGUUAGGAGCUUUGUUCAGGUAGGUCCCGAAGAAAUAUAUCCAUCAAUCAAAAUAUAAAGAUUCAGUCUUUUCUUUGUUAAAAGUAUAAGUGAAAGAAAGGCAACCCAACAACAACGGUCUCUUCACUCACUCGCUGACAGAGGAAGAAGGUUCCCUUUCUCUGCAGAAGAACUGAGUUGCCUCUUACGCUCUCUUCUUGCCUUUGUUGCCUGCAAGACAUGAAAUGAGAUGGACCCAUUUGAGCCUACACCCUGAUUUUCAUAAUUUAAAGGGAGACCAGUGAUUGACUCUGCCAUAAACUAAACUAAAACUAAGAUAAGCUCUACGUACCUGCUGUCGGUAGCGAAAAGGGUUUUGAAUUAAAAAGAGAGCAUUUUUGUUUGUGGGAUUCGCUUUCUGUGUAUAGAUAGAUAAAAAAAAAAUGGGAGAAUCAGCUUGUCUUAUGAGGUCCUUUUCUCAUCCAUCUAGUGCUUCCAGAGAAGCCAAAGAGGGCAAUCCCAUUCUAGCCCUGACUGAAUCAAUCUCGUUCGGGAGAUUUAUGUCAGAAUCUUUGGCUUGGGAGAAGUGGUCAACCUUUAGUCACAAUCGGUUCUUAGAAGAAGUUGAGCAGUUUUCCAAGCCAGGUUCUGUUGCUCAGAAGAAGGCAUAUUUCGAGGCUUAUUACAAGAAGAGGGCAGCCAUGAAAGCAGCAGCCUUGCUUGAGCAAGCAAACGCUGCAUCUAACGAUGUUCCUGAAGUAGAAGCUGCAGACAAGGCUCCCAGCAGUUCUCAUGUUAAUUUGGAGUUUUCUAAAGCAAUCAAUGAAGUGAUCAUCAAUGGACAAGAUGAGGGGAUUUUUGAUGCUGGCCUAGUUCAUUCUUCUGAAGCAAAUGCAUUUUAUGCUGAUGGUCAAAUGGAUAAUUCAGAAAAUGCAAAGGUGGAAGGAUUUGAAGUGACAGGAGAAAAGAAUGUUGAGGUGGAAAACUCUAUUCACGUGGCAAAUUCAAAGCAGAUUGAAAAUGCUGAUGACUGUGACAUUAUUGUGGCCAUGCCAGAAGAGAAGAUGCCCAAUAAGGUAAACAACCAUCCCAAUCAGGAAGCCGCUGAAAUGGAGAAUGUAGCUUUACCAAAAAAUAAAAGGCAAAUGAGUUCUUUAUCAAACAAAUUGAGUCAGAGUAGAGCAUCGAAACUUCCUAAGUCUUCUGCCAAACUGUCAAGUUCCACAAGACUAAAUGCUACUCCAAACAGUAAGAAGUUUGCUGGAGAAUUGGUGGGUGAAAAGAGAGCAACUUCAAAAUCUAUCCAUGUGUCAAUCAAUUUUGCUUCUCGCUUGCAAGACACCAACAAAAGUUCUGUCAGAUUAUCUAAAGACAGGUCCGCUACUCCAGAAAAUCCAACCAGGGGAUCUGUUCAUGGUGUAUCAAAGCUUCUUCCUUUAAUAUUUCAGCAUUCACAAGAUAGAAGAAGUAAGUCAGAGCUCAACAAGUCAGUUUCAGGAAAAAUUACACCUGGUGAAAUAUCACAGACCCUCUCUUCAGACUGCUCGAAAUCAUCAAGUGCAAAAGGAAGCAAAUCACGACCUCCACUUAUAUCCUCUCCGUUUAGCUUUAGAAGUGAAGAAAGAGUGGCAAAACGAAAAGAGUUCUUUCAGAAGCUAGGAGAGAAAAACAAUGCAAAGGUGGACACAGAAAAAAAGCAUCUGCUUGCGAGACCUAAGGAGAAGGCAGAGCAUGACCUUAAGAAACUAAGACAGAGUGCUGUCUUCAGAGGGAAACCAAGUGAUGACUUGCAUCGUGGAUUACAUUCUCCAUACAAUUCAAUGACGAAGAUCCCUCUGACACGACCUCGAUCACCAAAACUUGGAAGGAAGUCAACCCCCAAUGCGGUACUUGAAGCAAGUCUUCAACUUCAUCGAAGACCUUCAGUCAAUGCUGAAACUUCCAAGCCUUUUAUACAGAAAAGUAACCAUAGCUCAUCUUGCUCUGUCAACUUGCUACCAAAGAAGAAAGCACGUGAGAAUGCUUCUCCAAAUAUCCAGUGGUGAGCUCCUAAAGUGAGGGUGCCAUGAACAUCCGCACUGUGUUUCUUUUGAAGAAUUGAUCAACCCAGCUAGUGAUUGUGAAGAUUUGCAUCAUUUAUAAUUACACUCUACAGAAGGAAAAUAAUCCACUGAAGGCAGCGGAAUUUUAAUUCACCAAUCCAAUGUCAUCUUAACGUCAUCAUUCUUUACCAUGUUAGUGUUGCAUAAUAUGUAGUGAAUUCUAACAUAUUUUCAUUAUAAUUUGGUCAUUAAGCCUCU